UCCGCCGCCAGGUGUGCGACGAUCAGCUGGUCGGGACGUAAACAUCGACUCCUCCAACAGUCAGAGCAAAGGCAGUGAACACCACCCUUGCGCUACAAUUACUAGUGUCAACCUCAUACAUGUCACAGGGAAAGCAAAAUGGACCGGAAAGUGAUGGAGUCCAUGCUGAACAAGCUCCGCUCUACAGUCAGCAGUGCGGCCAACAGUGCAGUUUCAAAUGCUGUACAGAUUGCUUCACAGGUGUCCAAUUACCUGCCUGGAAACCCUGUGACGAGAGAAUUUGAAGCCACUCAGCACAUUGCCUCUGCUGGACCUGGCUUGGUUUGGAAGAUAUACAAGGGUUACAAGAAGUCCACAAAGCAAGAUGCUGCCAUAUUUCUGUUUGAGAAGCGUCAGUUGGACAAGUGGGAUAAGCAGGAGAGGGAGGCCAUGCUGGAUAAGCUGAGAAAAGGCGUCUCUCAGUUAACGAGGCUGAGACAUCCCCAGGUCUUGACAGUCCAGCAUCCUCUUGAAGAAUCAAGAGAAACCUUAGCUUUUGCCACAGAGCCUGUGUUUGCAUCGCUGGCCAAUGUCCUUGGUCAGACUGAGAAUAUGCCUGUUCCCACACCACCUGUAUUCAAGGAUUACAAGCUGUAUGAUGUUGAAAUUAAAUAUGGUCUUAUGCAGGUCAGUGAAGGUCUGGCAUUUCUUCACAAUUCAGUCAAAACUGUCCAUCGUAACAUCUGCCCUGAAAACAUUGUGUUGAACCAUCAAGGUGCUUGGAAGCUCUUCGGAUUUGACUUCUGUGUGGCUAAUCAGGCUACUGCAGACCAGCCUCCCUUCUGGCCCUUCGAGGAGUACGACUCGCGGCGGCACCCCAACUGCCAACCCCACCUGGACUAUCUGGCCCCUGAGUAUGCCCUCACACACACCCUAGACACGGCUGCUGACCUCUUUCCCCUUGGUGUCUUAACCUAUGCUCUGUUCAAUGAAGGUCGUCCAAUUUUCCACAACAACCAGGACUUCAGCACCUUCAAGAGGAACUGUUGUGAAUAUAAAAAUCCAAACAGCCUAAAGCUACAGUCAGUACCAGAUGGCAUAAGAGACCAAGUGCGCCUCUUACUCCAUGCUACCCCACAGCUUCGACCAGAUGCAUUGCAAUUAUCAAAGGUGCCAUACUUUGAUGAUGUUGGUGUGAAGACGCUGAGUUACCUGGAUCAGAUGUUUCAGUGGGAUAACAUGCAGAAGUCACAAUUUUACAAGAGUUUACCACAAAUCAUACACCAGCUGCCCCACAGAGUGUGUGUGCUAAGAAUUGUACCAAGUUUGGUGAAGGAAUGUAUCAAUUCAACCAUGGUACCAUUUGUACUUCCUGUUAUCCUGUUGGUUGCUGAACGAGCCACAAAAGAGGAGUUUGUGGAACACAUUUUGCCACAUUUAAAGCCCAUAAUGAAGCUCACAGAGCCUGUCCAGGUCAUGUUACAACUAAUGCAAAAGAUGGAACUGCUUCUGGGAAAAACUCCUGCAGAGGAUGUUAGGAGUGACGCCCUGCCGCUCCUGUACCGUGCUCUGGAGUGUGAUACUCAACAGAUUCAGGAACUGUGCUUGAGUGUUAUUCCUACUUGUGCCCAUCUGGUGGAAAACCAUGCCAUGAAGAAUGCUCUCCUGCCCAGAAUUAAGAAGCUUUGUCUCGGAACAGGCUAUCUGUCGGUUCGUGUAAACUGCCUUGUAUGUGUGGGCAAGAUCCUGGAGCACCUCGACAGAUGGUUGGUCAUGGAUGAUAUCUUCCCAUUCUUGGAGCAAAUACCAUCAAGAGAAGCACCAGUGGUUAUGGCCAUUGUGGGAAUUUUCAAAGUAGCCCUAAACCACAAGAAGCUCGGCAUAUCCAAGGAAAUCCUUGCAACCAAAGUCCUGCCUUUCCUUUUCCCCUUAAGCAUUGAGAACUCGCUCACUCCAACCCAACAUUCUGCGAUCAUGGUCCUCAUUAAGGACAUGACGGAAAGAGUGGAGUCUGAACACAGAACUAAAUUAGAGCAGCUAAACUCCAUAAAGGAUGAGCAAAAAGCACUGCAGAUGGCAAUGCCAACAAAAAUAAAUGGAAACGAUAAUGCACCGGUAUCCGCUGUUGAUGCAAGUUGCGACAUGUUUGCUGGCCUUGGGCUGAACCAGUUCACAGGUGGAGGAACAGCCAAUCAUAAACCCCAGACGCCUACCCCAGUGCCCAACCCAGUGCCCAACCCAGUGCCCAACCCAGUGUCAGCAUCGACUUCCAAGCCCUCAAAUCUUUCUCUUUCUCUGGAGGAAAAGCAGAAGAUGGUUAAAGAACAGGGGUUACAGAACACCUUGAGCAAGCAGCCCCCCUUAUUACCUUCCCCUCCACCCCCUGCUACUGCUGUCAACAAACCCAUCACUAGUCCACAGUCACAGAAUCCGCCCUCUUCCCUGACAAAGCCAGUACAACAUAACCACGACCUCACUUCAUCCCUGUUGAAUUCCAAUUUGAACAUGAUGAGCAACCAACCUGCAGUCCCGGCAUCAGUAAAUGGACACCAAGGGAUGAUGGGAACGACUGCACCCAUGGGAAUGAUGAAUAACAUGAACAACACUUCAUCAGCAUUCAGCGGCAUGACAGGCAAUGGUACCCUCAUGAACUCAGUUGGUUCAAACAUGACUUCAAGCAUGACUUCUAUGGGGACAACUAGGUAACAUGUUCCAGCCCAUGGGUGGAAUGAAUUCCUGGCCUAGUCAGGUACCAGCUCAAAAUACACCGAUGCAAAAACCAAACAUAUCGGCAUUUGAUAACCUGUUGCCAUCGCAGCAGAAACCAGUGAGCAUGAACCAGAUGGCAGUCAUGAAUGCAAACACUAGGAAUUCCUUUGGUUCCAUGAUGUCACCCAUGCAGCCCAUGAAUCCCAUGGCAUUCUCAAAACCUGCAACACCGGGAGUGAAGCAACUAAGUUCCUCUGAAAUUAAUGACUUCCUCAGCUGAAAAAGCACGUCUGAGUAUGGUAUAACAGUGAUAUUUUUUAUUUUCUUCUUCAAGAGAGAAAUUAAUUUUUGCAUUUAUUUACAAUUUAGACAAAAGCCGGAUUUUUAUGUAGCUUCUGUAUUUAUGUAGGACACAUUUAUAUUUUUGAUGUAUCAAAAUAGUGCAUAUAUGGAUACAGUAUACACAGUUUUAGUCUCUUUUAUUUUAAUCUGUAAAUGACCAGCUUAAUAUUACCAUUUUUUGCAAAACUUCAAAUAGAAUACUAAGUUGUGUUCAGAGCAUUUUUUAAAAGGAGAUUAUAAUGGUUUUACAGGUGAAAGGGAAAUUUUGAUUUUAUUUUACAAAGAUGAUUUGAGUGUCAGUAUUUAAUCAUUCUUAUUACAUCAGCCUGUAUCUUUGUUGAUUUGACAUAUAUUAUAUAACCUGCAUAAAUUAACAAAAAAAGUGUCUUGUUAAACUUUAUAUCAUUCUUUAAAGUGGAGAUAUAUUUUUUGCUGUGAGGUUAGAUGGGUAGAUUAUAGAUGGAAGUCUUGUGUAACUGCAUAAUGUUUUGAGGACUUGGAAAGUUAUUUUACAUGAGAAAAGUGCUUGAUGAUUGCAUAGGGUAUCGACUUAGAGCUUCACACAUUCCAUUGAAUUGGAUUUGGGUCAAAGAGUUGAAAAUCUAGUCAAAUUACAAUUUUAUGUAUAGGAGAAAUAUAGGUGUAUAUGAAGAGCAUUUCUAAUGUUUCUUUGUUUUUCCGUUAUUGUUUACUAGUUCUCAAAAUGACCUUUUUGUGUUAAAAAGCAUAUUUAUGAAUACAAUUUAUACAUACAUAUAAAAUUAUAAUUAUUGUUUUAUAAUGAAUAAUGUUGAAAAGUUUCUACAAAAUUAUGUAUGGGCACAACUUUAGGUUGCUUUAUUUUUCACCAAUCUGUUUAUAGAUCUGAUGGGGACAGUAAAAGAAUUUUUUAUUUGAAAACACUAACAGAAAAUAAAUUGAGUAAAAGC